UCAAUCAGUUUAUUUUAUGAAUUUUUUCGCUGUAGGCUAGCAUACCGCACCGUUUAUUAGCUCAUAUGAGAUGGCGACAAAAUUGAAAAGUCCAAACACAACAACCCACCUGACGGCACAAACCACAGCAAGGUACAAAGGCACACGUUCCUCAACCACUUUCGGCGCAUACACCGCACGGUCCAUCAACUCAACAUCGAGCAGCAUCAGCUCGUGCAGCAGUCGACGCAGUUGCGACAACAACAAUGGCAGUAAGACCAGCAAAAGUUGCACCAACACGAACAACAGCAAUGCCUUUGGCGACAGGCGUUUCAACACACACGCCGCGGUCAACGGACGCACCUCACUCUUCCGUUCGUUCAUUACAUCGGGACCGCGUGUACGCCAAGCAAAACCGCAAUCCAAUGACUUCGCCUACGAUCUCUCCAAAGAUGAAUCGAAAUUCAUGGGCAUAUUUAAGGGACCCAUGAAGACAGUGCCGGACAACGAGCGUGAGCUGCUGAAGAGUGGUCAACGCGGUGCCUACCUAGCGUUGCGCUAUGAGCAUUCGCCAGAUCGCAAAUACAACUAUCCGGAGGCGACUAGCUGGCGCAUUGGCUGGUUUCAUAACCAAUUGACACGGCAAGGUGUUGCUAUUUAACGGUUUUAUAUUAGCUUGGAGAGUUGCCGACAUUUAAGUUCUGUAAAUGUGCGCUAAAAUGUUUCACUAAAUUCAGGUCGAUGGGCCUGUUAGUAUUUCAAAAUCAAUCCUUUGAUGAACUGAGCCGAUCCGUUGUGUUCUUGAAACCGUCGACGAAUUGACCUUGAAAUGCUGCUCAGCUCAUCGACCCAAAUUAUUUAUGUAUGUGUAAUUGUUUCGUGAGUUAUGGUCUUCUCAUACUAAAUUCAUAAUUUUACUGUU